CAACCGCCACAGAAGAAGAAGACAACAAUGACUGCUGCUUCACGAAUCUAAGCUGCUAAAGAUUAGUACUGAACGCCGAUAAUAUACUAAAAUAAUAGUAAUAACCCGACGUUUACUCGACAAUUGGUGGAUUCCACACAGUUCACUGAAGCCACUAACCAAUCAGAGUCUGUGUGUCAUUCUAAGAGCUUCAAGCCCCGCCUCUUCCAGUGAAGUCAGAACCUGUGAUGGACAGCACAGAUUACACAGGGCUGGAGCUGAGAUCCUGUCUGAUUAAAAGUGAAGAUGUAGAGGAGAGUAUAGAGGAGAAUAAUGGAUAUGGGAUGGGUGGGGGAGAGGAAGAUGGGGAGAGGCAGAGAAAGGAUGGUGUGACAGAUGAAGUGGUUGAAAGGAAUGACUGGGACGCAGAAACUGAGGGGGGUGAACAGGGGGAGGGAGAUGUAAACGACCAGGCCCUCCAGACUGACAGGUUAUCAGAUGUCAAGCAGGAAGAGGAAAGCAUGGUUACUUCCUUUGUAAUCGAAGAGUCUACAGUACCCUCCCUUGGAUCUCCUGUCAUCCCCUCUAGGGCUGGAAAAACAGGGAACCCUGAGGCUUUUGCCUGCUCUGAGUGUACGAAGAGCUUCAAGACUCUGUCUCAGUUGACGAUCCACCAGCGAAGCCAUACGGGGGAGCGUCCAUACCACUGCACCGAGUGUGGGAAGAGUUUUAAGAGUUCAUCAAACUUGGCACUACACCGGCGGACCCAUAGAGAUGAGCGCAUGUUCUACUGCUCACAUUGUGGACAGACAUUCCGCCAUUCCAGCAGUCUGAAGUUACACCUGCAUCGUCAUACAGGGGAGCGGCCGUAUCACUGCACCCAGUGUGGGGAAACCUUCAAGCACCCCAACAGUUUGAAGUUGCACCAGCGUUAUCACACAGGGGAGCGUCCGUACCAAUGCGCCGAGUGUGGGAAGAGUUUUCAUCAGUCAAGCGGUCUAACGGCACACCAACGAGUUCAUUCGGAAGCGCGCCCGUACCACUGCUCUGAGUGUGGGGAAACCUUCAAGCACCCCAACAGUUUGAAGUUGCACCAGCGGCAUCAUACAGGGGAACGUCCAUACCAGUGCUCCGAGUGUGGGAAGAGCUUUCAUCAGUCAAGCGGUCUAACGGCACACCUGCGUGUUCAUACAGGGGAGCGCCCGUACCACUGCUCCCAGUGUGGGAUGAGCUUUAAGCUUUCGUCACACUUGACCCAACACGAACGAACCCAUAGAGUUGAGCACGCGUACCAUUGCUCCGAGUGUGGGGAAACCUUCAAGCAUGCCAACAGUCUGAAGUCACACCAGCGUCGUCAUAAAGGAGAGCGCCCAUACCAGUGCUCCCAGUGUGAGAUGAGCUUUAAAAGUAAAUCUCACCUGACGGUACACCAUCGAACACAUACAGGGGAGCGGCCAUACAACUGCUCUCAGUGUGGGAAGACCUUCCGCUGUAAGGCGAACCUGACGGUACACCAGCGAGUUCAUACAGGGGAGCGGCCAUACCAGUGCUCCCACUGUGAUAAGAGCUUUAAAUGUAAUUCUCACUUGACGGCACACCAGCGAACCCAUAUAAGGGAGCUGCCUUUAGCCGUCCCACUGCUCUGA